AUUUGGCAGUGCAUUAUAAAAUACUCACCUGUCCGACGGCAAGACAUCAUUCGCAGAUCACCAUCUCGACGGACGAGUUCAGUUCGCCAGCGACUGGAGCGCAGUUCAUUUAAAUAAGGCAUCUCAAACAUGAAGGCGUUCGUUGUGUUAUCCAUGGCUUUGGCCAUUGCAUCCUGUACGGUAGUCGAUAGUUCCUCCAAGAAAGAUAAACGUGGACUGUUUGACGGGGGACACGGAGGCUCUUACGAUUUCGGUGGUCAUGCAGAGCAGGAAGUUAAGCACGUGACCACUAUCACUCAGAAGGUUCCAGUUCCCUAUCCGGUCGAGGUCGAAAAGAAAGUCCCGCUUGAGGUGAAGGUCCCUUUCAAAGUCGAAAUCGAGAAAAAGGUCCCCGUCGUGGUGGAGAAGAAAGUCCCAAUCUACGUGGAGAAGAAGAUCCCAGUCCACGUUGACCGUCCCGUGCCAUACAAAGUGGAAGUGAAAGUUCCAGUUGUCGAGAAGGAAUACAUCGAAGUGCCUCAACCAUACAAAGUUUAUGUUGAGAAGAAAGUUCCAGUGUACGUCCCGAAACCAGUGUACAUCGAAAAGCCUUUGCCGGUGACUUUACUCGUCAAGAAGACGUACAAGAAGGGAUGGUGAAUGAUCGUUCUUUAGUUGAUAAGUCUGAGGAUGUUAGGAGAAUAAAGUAU